GAUGAUAAGCAGAUAAUCAAAGUGCCGCAUUCAUAACAUGGAGUACAGCCAAGCCAGCAUAGCUGCUAAACCCCCCCUCGGGAGGAAAAUGAAAGGUCUUGCCCCACCUCCACCCCAGGCCCCUGAGCCUGCCCCGCGGCGCAUAUUCAGGAACGCGGUGCCCGACGGGGGAGGGAUUGGAGCCACGGACGCCAAGGAGAACAUGCUGAGAGCCUCCGUGGAUAUACACCUAACCUUGCCACAGGGAUACAAGACUACCAUUACAGAGAAUGGCAGUAAGGCGUUGAUGGACCUGUUGGUCGAGCUGUGCAGCCGCUACCACCUGAAUCCAGCCCUGCACACCCUGGAGCUGCUGUCCCCUGAGGGCCACCCACUGGGCUUCAAGCCCAAUGCCCUGCUGGGCUCCCUGAACGUGGCCUGCGUCCUCAUCAAGGAGAAAGUUUACGAGGAGAAAGUGGCGCGCAGACCUGCACCCAAAGUGCCAGAGAAAACGGUGCGUUUGGUGGUGAACUAUCACCGCAGCCAGAAAGCAGUGGUGCGGGUCAAUCCAUUGGUACCGCUUCAGACUCUAGUACCGGUCAUCUGUGACAAGUGUGAGUUUGACCCGGCUCACGUCUUGCUCCUGAAGGACGGUGUCAGCCGCCACGAGCUGCCGCUGGACAAAUCCCUGACACAGCUGGGAAUCAAGGAGCUCUACGUACACGACCAGAGCCUGGUUCUCCAGCCUAAAAUGGCUUCUGCUCCUGCUCUAAACUACUCAGAUACCUUCCGCUCAAGCACUUCCAGUUUGGGUGGAGCAGAGAAGAAAGGCCUGCUGGGAAUCUUCAAGUUCAACAGGAGGAAAUCCAAGACUGAGGUGGCAUCUAUGGACAUGGAUAACACUGAUGAUAAAGUAGCAGAUAAUACAGAUAGACACUCCAAUGGUUUGUCCACGGUGUCCGUAGUCCCCUGUAUAGAGAUUCGGCCCAGCACCUUAGGCCAGUCCCAGUCUGUCAUGAACAUCUCCAGGAUGUCCCCCAAGACUGAGCCCAAGAAGAGAAGGGCCCCAGUCCCACCGGUGGACCCAACACCCCCCCUGGGAUAUUAUAGCUUCGAGGGCUAUCAGGUGGACCCUGGCUCAGAGAGCCAGCAGAGAAAAAGAAAAGCUCCGGCUCCCCCUCCCACACCCAUCUCCAUCACCCCAGGCCCAGACGACACUUCAACGUCAACUACGCCCAACCCCGACAGCUGCGUUUCUGAAACACCUAAAGCCGCCUCCUGUACCAAGGCAGUGCACACAGCCACUGUGUCUUCCACCACAGUGGUAACGGCAAUUGCUGUCUCCCCGACCGUCAGUGCGGCAACCAUGGCAGCAUCCCCCAAAACAGUUGCACAACCCAGCCCUGUGUUCACCUCCACUCCCGUCCCAAGCUCCCCAGCCCCCAGUAGCACUACAGCCGACAGCCUGGCCAUCCAGGAUUCAAGCUCUGAAUUCAGCCACACUAUUGACGACUCAGACAGCAGCUCAGAUCCAGCCGGUUCCCUUUGCAGCACCAGCAGCUGCAGCAGCAGCAGCAGAGUGGAUGUGUCAGCACUAGCGAGGGCCCCGCCCACUACAUCAGGCUCCGCCCUCAGCAGCCAGACAGAGCCGUCGGAGCAGGCGAGCAGCGAGGCUGACCAGUCAGACCAAGAGACGGCCGGUGACAGCAGUAUGGGGUCAGAGACAGAGUCGGCCCUGAACCUCAAACUGGAAGAGGUUGAGAAUAACAGACACAGUGCCAUUGCCUGGCUCCAUUCUCUACGGAGGUCCGUAGCAGGUAGCCGGACGCCUGAUGCUGAUGUGGCCAAGGAAGAGACUUUGUCAAUGGGCAGCAGCAGCGGUGGCAGCAGCCUGCCCGACCAGGGCUACGCUGCGUCAGAGAGCACAGCCGAGGGCGAAGACUCGGGCCUGGUCAGCUCUCCAUCAGACACCCAACCCACAUCCCCAGAUGGGAGCUUGUCUCUGGAUGGAAGUAGUGCUGGCGGAGGAGGAGAGAGAUCACUGAGACCAUUAAGAGACAAUUCAAGUGACAGCGAUGAAGGAUGUGCCACCUGGGGAUCCCGACACAGACAUAGUGCCAUCAGCCUAAAGGAAAAGUCAGGCAUAAUAAAGGACAGCUAUGACGGGGACCAUGAACUUACAGCCCAAAUUAAGCAGACCUUGGCAGAUUUUGAGGCUGAUUUAGACAUAAUGAAUGUGGAUGUAGUCAACAGGAAAGAGAUUCCUGACACUUUAUCCAUUGAGAGCAAUGAAGUGCCUGUGUCUCUGGUGGACAUGGACAUACCAAUCACAGCCAUAGACGAAGUGCUGGAAGAGUAUGGGCAGAACACAGCGAAGGAAGAGACAAAGCCACAUGUCAGCACCCAGUCAAAAGACAGCACAGGUUCAAACUUAUGUUGCCAAUUCAGUGGAGACUUGGAGAACAAAAACAACAAUGCUUGCACGGCUGGGGAAAACAAUAAAAGCAGCAAUGUAAAUACACAGCAGCCUCCUCAGGCUGUGCAGCACAGGAAAUCACUUGCAAACAAGUCAGUGGCUGGUGCAGACAAAACCAAGCAGACUAGUACAACUAGGACAAAACCAGAAGACAGGACAAUGACCAAUAACAAAACUGCUAAAGAAGAAAAACAGACAACCGCACCGAUAAAAAGUGGUGAUGUGCAGAAACAAAGUGAGAAUGGUCUGAUUAAAGCUGCUCCUGCAAAAAGCAGCUCUCUCACUUUUCCAGAGAAGAAACACAAUCUUACACAAACCGGUCAGAAGUUGGUCUCUAAAGAGGAGGACGUUCCUGUGUACAGAGUGGGCCACAUCAAUACCAACACUACCAGCUCACACAGUAAGAUCACUCAAAGCCCCACAUCACGUUUUGGUAUGAAAACCUUCACAGUGGUCCCUCCCAAGCCCACUGUCACAGGUGCAGUCAAGGAAAAGCCAGCCACCCUAACCGUUGGUGCCAUUAAGAUUGAUGACCUGGGAAACAUGGUAAAAGCAGGUAUCUCACACAAUAAACAUGGCAGUUCAUCAGAGUUGGCUGUUUCAAGCAGCAAAGAGUCUCCUCUGCUGGGGAAAGCCAAAGCCUUUUGGAGCUCAACUGAAAGACAGUGUGGUGCAAUAGCUCAUACAGCAAGUCUUUGUGAGAAGACCAAAGAGGAUAAUGAUUACCUAAAAAACACUGCUGUUGCUGAAACUGCGAUGCGAGCUGCCAUCGCUCAUGGCUCGAAUACAGUGCAAGGGUUUUCACAUGGACCAUCAGAGAGGGCCAAACCAAAAGAAAGCACUCAAGAAAAAGUCAAUGAACAAGUGAAAAAAGUCGUUGAAGACACAAAGGAGGAGAAGGUCAAGGUUGGGAGUGGGGUCUCCGUCUCUGAAAACCUGCAGCAGCCAAACAACAAACCUCCCCCUACUAUACCACUUCUGCUCCCAGACCAGAAGAAAGACCUGUCCUUCCUUAAACCAUCUCGGCGAACCUCCAGCCAAUAUGUGGCAUCUGCCAUUGCUAGAUACACCCCCCAUACAUUGGCUAAACCUGACAGCAUCCCUAACAUCCCGGAGUCCUCGGUUUCUCUGAAAACACAGAGCUUUGGCUACCAGAGGGGGGGUCGAUCCAUAUGCAUGAACCCACAGCAGUUGACAAAUUCAUCUUCAUCAGAUAACGGUCCUGUGUCUCAUGCAGCUGGUCCUAAGCGGUCUGUGAGCUACCCUGAAUGUUUCACAGAAGGACCCAGAAGUCCUGAAGAAACGCCGCAGGACCGGGCCAAAUUUGUGCGUCCUUUUGGAUCCACCAACAAAAGCUCUACGGCACUAUCAGCAGAAGCAGUCAACAGUAGGCAUAUUAUACCCAGUAGCCCCACACAGGUGAAUGUGGUCACCUCUGAUGACAAAGCUAAUAUCAAACACAUUCAGGCCCGAGGCCCUAGCCCUACUCAAAACCAGCUCGUACAGUCCUCUCCUAAACAGUCACAGACUACACAGGUCACAGGUUUCAAGAAAGCAUCCCAAGCUCAGCCCAGUACCAACAAAGAAACAGCCAGCACAAGCACCCAUCCAGUGCUGGGUAAGAAACCAGAACCUUUCGUCACCGUGUCCAGUGGCAGUGUGCUCCCGGAGCCCCAGCAGGUUACAGUCUUUGGGCCUGUAAAGAAGUUCAGACCGGUGAUCUCUAAGUCGGUUCAGAAAGAGACAUGUCUCCAUAGCAGUCUGAUGGAGGCCAUCCAGACUGGAGGAGGCAAGGGGAGGCUCAAGAAGCUAUCCAGUUCCGGUCCCAGCAGCUUAAAGAAAUCAUCUUACACUGAGGAGGAGAAUGAGAGGUCUGUACUGCUGGCUGCCAUUCGAGCCCAGAGCAGCUCUGGGAGACUAAAGAAGACCAAAUCUGAGGCUGCUGACGAGCUGCAGAAGUUCCGGAAGGCUACAGAGGAGGAGACGGAGAAGAAGAGUGGUGUGACUGUGUGUGACUCGGGCCCCCCUGCUUCUCCCCCCUCCUCUUCUCCCGCCAUUGCCCCAUCUCCAUCAGCCCCUAUUGGAGUUCCGCCCCCGCCCCCCGCCCCAACCCAGUUCAAACCCAGCACUGUGGUGCAUCCAGGUAGUAACACCCAGAUGAACGCUGCCUCAGCCAGGGAGGCCAUGCUGGAGGCCAUCCGUACUGGAUCUGCUGCUGAGAAGCUGAAGAAGGUCACGGCACCGACCAAGACAAUCCAAGUCAAUGGGAGACUGGGAACCAUCCAGGCGACAUCCCCCACACUGGUUAUACAGUAACACCAGACACAGGCAGGACCAGAUGGAGCACUUCCUCUGUAGCUCUGAUGGUUUGCUAUCAUUUAGCCCUGGCAGCAGUACGGGUUAUUUGAUCGUUCUGAAGCAGCGUUUUCAGAGGGAUUUUCAAGUCAUGUUUGUAAGAGUUCCUUUGUGCUUUUCGAACAUGUUCGAGAACUUUACAGUGCAUGGCCAAUGGACAGUAUACUCAGAUUCACUAAAAACAACAGUCAUCACAUCCACUGUUUUUCUUUUUAGAACCUAUGUUAGAUUAUAUAAUUAUGAGAGGAACAGGAUUUAGACAUCAGAUGGUUUUAAUUGAAGCACUGAAUUUGAAUAGAACACAUUACUUUUGUGUCACAGUGGACAGUCUUAACACAUAUCACUGUUCUUUACAUAUCCUGCCAUCUGUACUGGAAUUCAGUAGAUGUCCUAACUGGAUUUUGGGAAGUUGUGCAAAGCAUGUGCCAAUAUUUGUCCUUUUUUUUGUCUUUCUUUUUUUUUUUUUUGCCAAGCAUAGAAGCAGAAUCGUUUGUUUAAACAAUGAUAAUUUCUCAUUAAUUUCUUUUCUUUUCUUUUUUACAUUUGCUUUUUAACACACUUAUUCCCGAAGCUAUGGAUGCCUUAUGCUGUUGCUCAGUCAGUGUUAUGUAUAUGAUGUUUGCUGUAAAUAUUCCAUAUGGUGUGCAAUAAGCUAGAUCUGAUGAGGUCACCAGAUCUUGGCAACUGUUCAACACAUUUAAAAUAAUUGACAUUAUAAUAGCAUGUUUGAUAAAACAUAAUUGAUAUUAUUAUAACAAAUUUUUAGGCACACUUUCAGGGAGAACAAAGUCCAGCUCAAAUAACAAUAUUAUAAUUAUUAUUAUUGUUAUUUGCUAAAAUAAUAAUAAUUACCGAAAGGGUGAAAUCGCGGAUACAAGCAGCUGAAAUGAGUUUCCUCCGUAGGGUGUCUGGGCUCAGCCUUAGAGAUAGGGUGAGGAGGUCGGACAUCCGGAGGAAGCUUGGAGUAGAGCCAUUGCUCCUUCGCGUCAAAAGGAGCCAGUUGAGGUGGUUCAGGCAUCUGAUUAGGAUGCCUCCUGGGCACCUUCCUUUGGAGGUUUUCUGGGCAUGUCCAACUGGGAGGAGACCCCUGGGUAGACUCAGAACUCGCUGGAGGGACUGCAUGUUAAGUCUUGCCUGGGAACGCCUUGGGAUCCCCCAGGAGGAGCUGAAGGGCAUUGCUUGGGAGAGGGUUGUCUGGAGUGCCCUACUUAGCCUGCUGCCAUCGCGACCCGACCCCGGAGAAGUGGCUGAUGAUGAGUUGAGAUGAGAUUAUUUGCCCAGACAUGGACCAUAAUGCCAACUUCUGCAUAGUUAUCUCUAUGGAGGUCCACUGGUGGUGAUGGAUUAGUGCCUGUUAGCUUAUUCCACCCCACCUUUGGUUUGUAGCCCUUAUUUAUGCUGCUUUUGUAAAAAUCUUUUAACUUUACUCUCACACAGCGGACAAAAAUAACCAUAUAGAUAUUCAGGAACAGAGUAAAUUGGGUUGAUUUCAACAUUUAGCAGAAAACAAUAUGUAUGCUUUUGAUUUUUGGCAUACUACACACAGAGUGAAUUUAGGACCAAUGUUUUCCUUCCUUGGCAUUUGCGUGUAUGUCAUCGAAGGUACAUUAUUAAUGGACACCAAUCACAACAAUAUCACAAGCUAAGAAAUUAGUCUGUUAGUCUAGAUGAUCUGCAGUGUGUGCAGAACUGCUAUAAAACUCAGACUUGCUUUAUGAGGAUGUUUCAACUCUAAUUGGAUGCAUCUAUCCAUGGAACCAAGUUUGGAAUUUUGUCUCGGUACAUCCCAUAAUUGCUGCUGAAUAUGUAAAGCUUGACAUGAAGUGGUGGUGAGAAAGAAGAGAGUACACUGAGAUUAAACAUGUUAAUGCAUGAGUGUAGCAUGGUAGCUCUGAAUCAACUUUAGAGAAGAGACCUGAACGAUGCUGUAGACACUUUUAUGAUCCAUGUUCAGGUUUGUACUGUGCACGGCUGCCGCUACAUAUAGUCAUGUUCUGGGACACAUUCUAGUGCUGCACACAAGUGAAGGCAGCAAUGUCCCUCGUUUUGUCGAGCCGUAUCUGAAUUUUUCCUCUGAUUUACUUAAAAAAUUAAAAAACGGAUGACAAUAUUGUACCUUUUACUCUGAGAAUGAAAACCUUAAGAUCUUAUUUUUCUCUGGUCUUGUUUUCCUGGUUCCUUUUAUUUUUGCAAUAUGUUAUUUCUCUCUCUCUUUCUCUCUUUCUCUCUCUCGGUCUCUCUUUCUCUCUCUCGUUAGAGCACAAUUUCGUCAAAGUAUUGUAUAUAUUUUGUAAACUUCAGAAAAAUCAUCCCACUUCUAAAUUUAGUUCAAAUGACACUUUAAUAGAUUAGAGUGAAAAUUUUAUAAGCUUAUAUGUUUUAAGUGCAUUUUGUUUUUGCUUUUUUGUUUUUUGUUGUUGUUUUUUUGAGGGAAAGAAUUUCACAGCUGUUAUUUUUGU